CGAACGCCACAGGGCUAGAAGCGGGCCUGAAAAUGAAUUGUAGCUGCUCUGUGCAAAGCCCUAGGUGUGUGGACAGAAGGGAGCCAGCAAGAAGGUUACCGCAGGUCAGGAAUAAAUAACCAGCAGGCGGAGGAUCCCGGAUUCCGUCCUGCCUUUUGUUGGGUGAGGAGCGCCAGGCAAACGCGUCCACCUUGGCUUGGGCAGCAAGCGGCUGGACCGUCCGCCCCCGGUCGCAGUCCCGGGUGACUAGGAGGGACCCGGGGACUCGGGGAGCUCCAAGCCGGGACCGCGGGGCUCCGCCGUCCACCCGAGGCCCCGCAGCGGGGACCCCGGAUGGUACAGGCAUGGAUGGGAAGAAAUGCAGCGUAUGGAUGUUUCUACCUCUUGUAUUCACUUUGUUUACCUCAGCUGGCUUGUGGAUAGUGUACUUUAUAGCUGUGGAAGAUGACAAAAUCUUGCCAUUAAAUUCAGCUGCAAGGAAAUCUGGUGUGAAGCAUGCUCCGUACAUCAGUUUUGCAGGCGACGAUCCUCCUGCGAGCUGUGUGUUCAGCCAAGUGAUGAACAUGGCCGCCUUCCUAGCCCUCGUGGUAGCUGUUCUGCGCUUCAUCCAACUGAAACCGAAGGUUUUAAACCCAUGGCUGAAUAUCAGCGGACUGGUGGCGCUGUGUCUGGCUUCCUUCGGAAUGACCUUACUUGGUAAUUUUCAGCUCACAAACGAUGAAGAAAUUCAUAAUGUGGGGACAUCCUUGACCUUCGGGUUUGGCACAUUGACCUGCUGGAUACAGGCUGCAUUGACACUCAAGGUCAAUAUCAAGAACGAAGGACGGAGAGUUGGAAUUCCACGAGUUAUCCUGUCUGCCGUCAUCACUCUCUGUGUGGUCCUGUACUUCAUUCUCAUGGCCCAAGAUAUCCACAUGUACGCAGCCAGGGUCCAGUGGGGCCUGGUCAUGUGCUUCCUGUCAUACUUUGGCACCCUGGCGGUGGAGUUCCGGCACUACCGCUAUGAGAUUGUGUGCUCUGAGUACCAGGAGAACUUCCUGAGCUUCUCAGAGAGCCUGUCAGAAGCGUCUGAAUAUCAAACCGACCAGGUGUAACCCGUCAGUUUGUCCUUGGGGGUGCGGUGGGUGUGACGACAGGAGAGGGAUCGGGAUGAUACACUCACAGGACUCGACACAUCACCUCAUGACGCGCUUCACACACACGGACACAUAUUCAUCGUGGCCAUAUUUGCCAAAAGAGCUUUUCAGGGCAGGUUAUUUCUUUCAUGAACAAGCACAAGCUCUCAUGUGUGGAAAUACACACUGUCACACUGAAAACAUAUGCACGACAGAGCCAGAAGCUUGUGCAUGGUCACCUCCCCGUCCCACCCUCCCAGUAUGCUCUUCUCAUCUGCUUCACGUUUCGAACCUGUCGUCUCCCUCCAGCAGAGUAAGGCAGGCUGAAUGGAACAUAAGAAUGAAGCCAGCUCCCUCAGCCGCCUUCAGGUCCGAAGGGCUUGGAGUGAGCUUGUGGGGACUUGUGGCUCUGGGACCGAUAUUCUCGAGUGGACACCCGAGGAGCAUCUGUCUGGAUGCUCACUGUACUGAAGCUGGGAGUGUGGCCUGUGAGAGGCACGGGCAGAGCUUUCCCGCCAGGCGGCCUUCACCACUGUUCAGCCGUCGGCUUUGUGGGAAAGGAACAUGGGAAAGAGGCCGCCACCGGCAUCUGGACUUGACUCAGUCUGCCUGAGAAAGAUCUCCAAGUGUGAAUGUUCACGGGGACGGGAUGCCAGGGGUGGCAUGAGGCACAGCUGAGAGGGCCUGUUUUCAUUUCCGCUUCCACACUGUGUCAUGCACAAUUCUGGUUUUAUAGCCCAUGGCUUGCCUUUUUCUUUUUUUUUAAUGCAACUCCCGUGGGUUUCUGUAGGCCUCAUGGACAAAGAUGUGGACCAAAGGCAAGAACCUUGUUUUGGUUUCAGAUAUGACAGGGGAUGAUACCUACGGGCUUAUUUUAAAUUUGAAGCAAAAAGAAGGACAAAAAAAAAAAAGGAUUCUCAAAGAAGCACAAAGAAAUCUGCAUGGGGGUGGGGGUGGGGGUGGCGAGGUAUGAGGGCGCCUGUGGGCUUUGAGGAGGAAGGACGGGAGGUUAGGACUCUUGCGGCAAAUCCAAGCCGGGGGAGACUUUCACAUUCAUGUGUUCCCCAAAUUUUUAGGUGCCCCCAAAGUUCGGGAACUAAGGACUUUUCAAAUUUGGAGUUUAUGGAAGCCAAUUAAAACACUGCCCUCCCCCAAACCACAUUGGCACAGACAGAGCCACGGCACUGAACAUGAGUCUCUCACCUGCUACGAGUUCAGAUGUGAGAUCAUAAGUGAAGGAGUUUGAGGCCAUCCUAGAUCCCUCGUACCAAGGUGCAGAGCAGUGUACCUAGCGCACGAGCACCACCACCCCAACCGAGUGCACCGUUUCAAGAAAUCCCCAAAUUCUUAGGGGCCUGGGAUACCCCGGUGAUAAUGUGAAAAAUGCUAUUUUGUAAAUUCAACCCAAAGUAUAGCUUCCUAAGGAGAGGCUCAAAUGUUGUUUCAUCUAAAUCCCCACUCCCAGCACAGUGCCUGGCGCACAGUGGGUGCUCGGUAAGUGUCCACGGAAUAGGUGGUUUCCGAGUGGAGGUAAGGAGUAUCAAAGGGAUCGGGAGAUGAGGGACAGAGAACGGAAGCUGUCUCAAGUGAGGAAGGAGAGGAAGAGACCGUCACUCAGGCAAAGAACGGGGUGGGGGACUCCCUCAACGGUGAGCGUGAAGAGCCUCGAGCAGAGUGUUCUCUUCUUUAAAGGCAUCUUACUGUAAAUAGUAUGGGGUGACGUCUCUUAGUUUUAAAACUGCUUUGGGCAUUCUUUUCCUUUCUUUUUUAUAUUUUAAAGGUUUAAUCAAAGAACAAACACAGUUUUGUUUUACUGUGCACACUCCAAGUCAAACAGCUUUUGGUGACCCACCCACUCGUCUGUUUUCUUAAGAGUAUGUAACAGCACACCCUAGCAGAAUCAAGCAAAGGCUGGCAUUACUCACUGGGAUCUGGCCACUAAAAUAAAGUUGUUUUAUGCAAAAUUG